AUGAAAAAGGAAGAGUGGAGGGAUCCGCAUAAUGCCUUGAGUGAUUGGAAUGAGUCUCACCAAAAUCCAUGUGCUUGGAAAGGAAUCUCCUGUGAUGCAUUCAACACCGUUACCCUCGUUGAUCUCACGGGUGCUUCUAUUUUUGGCAACUUGACUUCUUUUAUAUGCUCUCUUCCUAAUCUCACAGUCUUAACCCUCCAAGACAAUGAUUUCAGCGGUCCCUUCCCCCAUGGCCUCUUGAAUUGCAAGCGUUUGCGGAAGCUCGAUUUGUCGAGCAACCACUUCGCUGGAACGCUGCCCACUCGUAUCUCCAAAUUGAGCGAGUUGAGCGAGUUGAACCUGGCAUUUAAUGCUUUCAGCGGCUCCUUUCCCUCAGCCUUCGGAAUGCUGCCAAAGCUCGAAGCUCUCUUCUUGCACGGAAACAGUUUGAAUGGGGCAUUCCCUAGAUUUGUUGGGUAUUUGAAAUCUCUCGUGCACUUCACGCUUGGCAAUAAUCCUCUUCGUCCUGGUGCAGUACCCAGAGAGCUUGGCAAUUUAAUACAGCUGCAGCAGUUAUUGCUAUAUAAUUGUAAUCUUGUAGGCGGAAUCCCGACUUUCUUCCGCAAUUUAACGCAGUUGGAGUGGCUGGAUUUGUCGCACAAUCAUUUGAGCGGGGAUAUUCCGGCCAGUUUAAUGGCUCUCUCGAAUUUGAGAGUACUGUUUCUUAAUGUCAACAAUUUGUAUGGGCAAAUUCCGGCCAUCAUUGAUCAAAUGAGGAGCUUAUCUAGUUUGGAUCUUAGCUGCAAUCGAUUGUCUGGAGACAUUCCAACCGAAUUAGGACACCUGAAACUGGAUGCUUUCAACGUGUCCAACAAUCAUUUAGCUGGACACGUUCCUGACGCUCUGGACAAUCCAAUCUACCAGGAGGGCUUUCUAGGGAACCAGAGGAAGCCAAGUGAUUGGCCAUCGUGGAAAUUGACGCCAUUCACUUUGACAGAAGUGGACGAGUCAUACAUCCUCUGCAAUUUGAAGGAGGCUAACGUGAUUGCAUCCGGAGGUGCUGCAAAAGUUCACAAGGUCAUCCUGCCGAACGGGGAAUCAGUAGCCGUUAAUAAGAUCCCUAAUAAGAGCAGAACAGCAGAAAGCCUUGAGAUAAAGGGUGACCAGCAAGAGAAGGAAAGGUGGAAAACGGAGGUGGACAUAUUGGGCCUCAUCCGGCACAACAACAUCAUAAAGCUUUUGUGUUGCAUUUCAAGUGAACAGUCCGAUUUCAAGCUUUUGGUAUACGAGUUCAUGCCCAAUGGCACCUUGUUCGACCGUCUGCACGGUGGCGCAGGACCACACGAGGCGCUGCAAUGGACGACGCGUUAUCAGAUCGCUCUUGGCGUAGCUUGUGGGCUUAGUUAUAUGCAUCAUGAUUGCCCCUCUCGAAUAUUUCACAGGGAUUUGAAUCCCAGGAACAUCUUGCUGGAUGAGGAUUUUGGGGCUAAAAUUGCAGGUUUUGCGGUAUCCGUAGAGCUUGAUGGUUUGGGCAAUGUAUUUGCUAUAAGACAAAUGAGAAGUAACAAAUAUACGACAAUAUUUUAA